AUGUCACUUUUGGGUGAGGAGCGUGUAUGUGUGUUGGUUCGAGUAAGCAGAGUAGUGAGUAUUGUGUUGGGCGAAUUUUGUACCACCACAUCGCGUUACGUGCAAACAACGUCUUUACCUUCUUGCCAACCACUCCCAAGUCCGAUCCCCCGCCCUUCGUCACCGUCGCAGUCACCGACCAUGCCGCCCAAGACACGCAAAUCCACCUCAGCCUCUUCCAAGGCCGGCGCUUCCUCCUCCACAGACCAUUUGCAUCCAUCUUCUGCCGCUGCUUCUGCCAAAACAAGCACAACCAAUGUCGGUUCUGCCUCUGUAUCAUCCAGCGCUUCCACCAUCAAGGAUCACCAAUCAGAGACGCACAUUCCGCUCAAAGCUUCCAAGCGCGAGAUGAAUGCCUACGAAAGGGCCAACAGCUGGACGUGGAAUCCGAUCCGCAUCAUCGAACGAAAACUCUUCCGCGCCUACUGGAACAUCGAGGGUACUUUCGUGCUGUCCAUGCUGGAAGCGUGGGAGGUGUUCCUCGUCAUCGUCGUCUUCUGCCUGCUCACGCUGCUGCUGUGGUACUCGUUGAUCCACUACUUCCCACGUCACGCUCAGCAGGUCGCAACUCGAGCUCUGUACUACGUAUACGGUAACUCUCCCCCACCUCAACUCGCCGCUGCCGUCACCACAUCCGAUCCAACAGCAACUCUCAACGCAUCCGCCGAAGCCGCCGCCGCUUCAGCCACCGAAGGCGUGCUCGAAAAGCUCAUCGCUUCGACCAAUCAGCUGUGGGCUAGCUUGGAGGCCGAAAAGGCGCAGAACGAUGCCAACCCGGAAGUCCUGGACAGGUUGAUCAGUAACUUGAACAAGGUCAAGCAGAUGAUGGGCACUGGUGCCAAGACGGAUCUUUAG